UACUUCCUUUCUCCAGAGUUCAAUGUGAGUGAACAUGGACCUGGGGAUAGUACUGUCCAGCAGGUCAGAGAGUAGGACGGAUUCACCUCUCAGGAACUCCCGGUCCUGAGUGACAGUAUCGGAAACAUGGCGAUAAACAAAUCACACUCAGGUGAAGACGUCGAUAAAAAGUGUAUUUUCUGUUUGAUCGCCAACGAUCAAGAUGAAGAAGCGGAAAUUCUAAAAAAGGAUGAGGAGCUGGUGUGUUUCAAAGACAUUGAGCCUGCUGCUCCUCAUCACUACCUGGUUGUACCCAGAAAGCACAUAACCAGCUGCCUCUCAUUGCACAGGGGACACACUGGCCUCGUGGAAAGGAUGGCUGAAAUGGGGAAAGCUGUACUACGUGACCAAGGAAUCACUGAUAUGAAAGACAUACAGCUGGGCUUCCACCAAGCUCCCUACAUUUCAGUAGAGCAUCUCCACCUCCACGUGCUCGCCCCCACCACAAAAAUCAUAUGGGACCAGAGGAAUAUGUUCAAACCAGCUUUUGUUACUGAAGAAUGUUUACGGAAACAUCUAAAGGACAAAGCUCCACCGCUCAAGUAUUGUUUGACAGACUGUUUUUCAUGUCUGCGAGCUACCAGCUCCCAAGGUGGACUUUCUGAAAAGCAAACAUCUCAGAGGCGUAUCUGAUCCAAAAUCAGCCACAGAACAAGCGUGUUUUUAAAAGAAUGCUCAAAUUCUGCAAGGUGGGACACAACAGGAAUAACAACAUAGACUGACAAGGAUAUUACAGAACAUUAUCUGAAAGCAGAUAAAUUCAUUAGUUUUGAAAGGAAAGCCAUAGCUCUGAGAUGUCACUGUAGACAAGUGACUAUGCACAUUUGAGUCAAACUGGUUUACACUAGUAGUAUAUAUAUAUAUAUUUAAACAGUGUGGCUGUGUUUACAUGCAAACAGUAUGCACUUGAAAAACAGUUUUAUCUAUUGUAUGUUCUAGAUUUUGUUGUAUCUACUGUGUUCUAGACUUUGGUGUGUGUAAAGGUAAAAAGACUCAAAUGAAUUAUAUGUGAAUAGAUUAUUUUAUGGUUAGAAUAUUAAGAGUAUAAUGGAUCGACUCCAUUAAAUGUUAUGAUAUUAUGUGCGAUCAGUUUUUAAGAUAUACUGCAUCAAAAAAAUGUAUUUACUUAAAGUUUUUGUGACAUUGGGGCUUUAUUAUAUAAGGGAAGCAUGCAAACCAAUAACCAAUAACCAAAAUAAUCCAGUGACUGCUGAUUUUCAUUUAUUAAAGCAUACACUAAGAUACAGUACAUUGGUAAUGAACAUAUGAAAAAAAUACA